UAUUUACAAUUUUACAACUUCCAAUUUAUUUAUAUUUCUACGACUUUGACGUUUAUCAUUUCGCUUAAAUUUUCGGAACAUGCUUCGUUUUUUCAUAAUGUUAUUUUUCAUUACAAAUACAGUGGCAGGUCUAUCAUAUUACAUACAAAGAACUUGGGUUAAAAAUGAAAAGGUUCAAAAUCAAACGUUGAGGGUCCAGAAAGGAUCCGAUGUAAUGGAUGGAGAGUACCCAUACGUGAUUCUGAUAGCAGGUAUCACUCCAUUUAAAGAACUUUAUAGGGUGGCGUCAGGUUCCCUCAUAACCGACACCUGGGUGCUGACGUCUGCGCAUAUCUUCAGUAACCGCGGCGUGCACGCCAACAACACGCUCGUCGUGUGGUUUGGCAAGUUCACCGAGUCUCCCUUCAUCACCAAUCAGUACUCCGAGGUCCUGGAUAUCGUCCUGCAUCCCGCCUUCCGUGACAUGCCCUUCAUCAGUUACGAAUUAUUCUAUGGCAUCAACGACAUAGCUUUGCUAAGAGUGAACAAAAUAAACCUGCCAGUUUAUGGGAAGUUAUCACCAGUCGACCACACGACGCUCAUCGGACUGUCUACGAUCUACGUCGGAGGAGGCGAAACGGACAAAUUGGGGACCGAUCUGUACCGAGCGCUGCAGGUGGGACAUGGUAUGGUCAUUAAAUGUGGUGCUCCCGUAAACAAAUGGUCACCGUAUCUACUGUGUGUCACGCCGCCGUGCCCAGAGAAGAAGCAUAUUCCUAUAAUAGGAGACUCUGGUAGUCCGUUUCUGGUUGACGGGAAGAUUGUAGGAACCUUUUCUGUUCGGUAUUUUACGUUCACACAUGUGUCAUGGACGGCGUUCAGUCCAGUCGACCUGUACUUGGACUGGAUCAAUGAAGUAAUUACUCCAAGGGUUUACUGAUACAUGCUCGUGCAGAAAGCUUGCAUUUCAAUGACACCACGUGACGAUUGAGAGGUAAUGGAUGAUUGAGCUCCGAGAACAAAACUUAUUGAUGUGAAGGAGAAAAGUGUGGCUUCGCAAUAUUAAUAU